AUGCCGUGGCGCGGUCGCGUACGGGACAUCGCCGUCCCGAGAGCCUUCGAUGCGCGGCGUAACUCUCCGUUCGACGACGAUGAAAACGAAACCGGGCGCUCGAACACCAAGCGUGCGCGUCGCGACGACGCUCUCACGCGCGCUCGCGCGUCCAGAGGAAGCGACGCAUCGUCGUCCUUGUUCGCCGAGCACACGUUUUACUUCGAUGGGUUCGUCCCGGGAGGGGUGAAACGCGCGCGAGAGCUCGCGGAGCGUCACGGCGGCGCGGUCGCGCUCGCUCUCGGGCGCGGCGCGGGCGUCACGGUGCACGUCGCGGAGGAUUACGGCGCCAUGGACGCGCAGGCGCGGGAGCGGUACGCGAGUGGGAAGGAGCCGGAGACGAUGUGCGUGCGCGCGUCGUGGAUAUCUGCGUGCGUGAAGGCUGGCGCGUUGGUGGAUUGCUCGGCGCACGCGCCGCUCGGGACCAAACGCACGAGUCCAAGGAGAGGGAAGGGCCGAAAGGCGACGGAGAUGGAUUUAGUGGAUCUCAUCGUGGAGACGGCGUGGAAUGGGACCGGGGGGGUGUCGACGCAGGAGAAAUUGCGCGAGACGUGGGCAAUUCGAGUGGUUUUUGAGCGCGUCUCUCGCGCAAUGGCGGACAGGAAGACGAAGGAUGCCGACAUUCGUAAGAUGUCGGCCAAGGCUUACGGCGCGCUGGAAUCAAUCCUCGACGAGCGUUGGAUUGUUCCCGUGAGCGCUUGCGAGGCCUUAGUUGACGUGCAGGGGACGAGAAAUCUAUGGAAGCGACAUGAAUUUGCGUCAUCGCAGGCAUCGCCUGCGGACGUAGCGCAGGCGCUCGAGUGGAUCAUGGUCGACACGCAGGGUGUGAACGUCGAUGCGACGAUGCACAACAUUCGAGAUGACGGCUGGGAUCCAUCGUGGCUGCGCGAGCGAGCGUCUGUGGACAGUGGAGUGAUGACGAGGCGAGCGAGUAAAGAGGCGGCGGCGGCAAUCGCGGCGUCCCAGGAAGCGUCAAAAGAUUUGCAGACGCUUUCACAACUGUCCAACAUCGAGGAUGAGGUCCUGGAGGCACUCGAUCCUAUAACCAGAUACGAGUGGUCCAAGGCGCGCGCUGAUCGAGAGAAGAAUCGUAUUGAUAGACUUCGCGCAGAGCAAAGCGCGGCGUUUCAGCUCUUGAAGGCGUGCGGCUCGGGCAAAGUGGUAAAGCGAGCGACGAAUAAAAUUCAAAGAUCAACAUCCGUCAUUGGACGUUCACCGUCGAAAACCGUCGCUCGAGCGCCAGGGAAAGCGAGCUGGCAAAUGCCCAUUUCAGCGUACGCGAGUCCGGUGAAGGAGUCUGGGUCGGAAACGGUGCCGAAAUCGUGCGCCGGCCAGCCCAUUAUGGCCAGCGCUUCCGUUCACACGGCGACGCUCCUGCAUGCCCUCGAUCGAUUAAUCUCUAUUGAUACCAAAAACACGGUGGAAGGGCGACUUGACGUCGCCGUAGACGUCGUUCGAUUACACGUCGAAGAGCUCGCUCGGAGUGGACGCAAACGGGAAGUCCAAGCCGUGCGAAACGGAAUUGAAAACAAACAUAGCGACCAUCCUAGAUGGCUAGAAGUUCGUACGACGUUUCUGUCGACGACGGAAUCUUUAGUUACUUAG